AUGGUUUUGAUUGUAUUUGUAAGGAAAACUUUUCUGGCAAAUUUUGUCAAAACGUUACAGGUAAAGUUACAUGUAUGAAAAUUCGAUUUCCACACACGGCCGGAAAUCGCACAGAAAAUCGCAAUGUGCGUUGAGCAUUCAUUUCUUGGCACCGUGGGCUCAGUUUUAAGCAUUUUUGACAAGCUGUGAAAUUUUUGCACAUGUAUCACGUUGAAUUUUUCAACAAAUACUACUUCGUUACAUCAGACGUUACACCAUACACUCUAUACGUGUCUCUUAUAGUAAUUUUGAAACUCUUAAAAGAUUGCUAAAAAGCUCAGUCUCAUUUUCAGCACAAGUUGAUAUGAUAACUCGUGUAUAAAUAUCUGAAUUCAUUUUCUUAAUUUCUAACUUGUAUAGGAAGUUUUUCAUCCUGUAAAAGCUUGUUUCAAAUUGGGCGGUAGGUAUGAUAACCAGGCAUAAUUAUAGUGAACAAAACUGAGAGUGUAAUACAUUUUAAAAACCAUUACCAACGGGAUCAUAAAAUAUUUAAGAACUACGUUUCAAACAGUUUAACUGCUCUUCGUUACAUUAUUUAACACUUGGAAAUAGUAUGUUUUGUGGGUACAAAAGGUGAACCCGAGGGAAACAUUGGCAGUCUAGCGGACACAAAACAUACUGUUUCCCGAAGAUCUCAGUCAGUAAGCAUUUUAUUACAAAGAAAACAAAAAAAAUAAAAGAAACGAGAAAGUUCAUAAUUUAUUUUUGCUCCGUAACUCAACGAUUUUAUUAUUUACCGGUGAAAAAAGUAAUGCCGGCCACCACUCGGAUCUGAAGUAACUUUAAAAGUAACAAAUCCAACGCAGUUGAAUAAUACGUCAGUACGUCUUGUUUUGUAUCGGUUGCUUACGUGCAUUUUGAUAUUGUCCAGUUAAGUUCAAUCUUAUUAGUGCCCAAGUAAAUAGUAACCUGUCAAGUAAUUAGUAAUCAAUUACUUCUGAAGGAAUUAAUUUGUAAUGAUUACCUUUAAGUAAUUAUGUAUACUUGAUGUUUUAGAGAUUUGCCAAAUGGUAAUUAUAAUAUACUACACAAAAAUGGCACGAAAGCCACGUCAAUGUAUUGUCAGAUGCCGUCACUUGAAGGCUGUGCAGGUGGAGGUUGGACCAUGGUGAUGAAAAUUGAUGGGAGUAAGGUACUACCACUGAGCUCCAUAUACAUCUGGAGCGAGAACUCGAAUCCAAAAAGUGAAUCCACAAAAACAAUAGAAAGGGACUGGAACUGACGUCCAAUUGCUUCUUUAAUUUCCGCCAUCUUGGCAAGGAGUGUGCCGAAAUUGUUUUUAUUUUGACUUCGAUUUAAAAGACUAAUAUUAUGACGUUAUUUAAUAUUUUGAUUUUUACAACGCGCGACCUCUAAGAUUUGGACUGUUUUUGCCAUAGUAGCCUUCACCUUUUACACGUAAUUUUUAAACCUUUUAUCAAGAGGAUGUAAGAAUUAUCAAUCAUGCAUAAAAUCAGUCAUGCGUGUGAUAAAUAGUAUGCGUGAAAGGCUACUCAAAAAUUCACUUUUCAGAAUAAUUUUGUCAUAGAGAUACCAGAAGACCCAGAAAAAAUCAAUAUUAUUUGAAUAGGACUUCUCUUCAUUUCAACAGACAACAUUUGACUACAAUUCCACUUACUGGACAGACAGAACCGGUUAUCUUAACAUUCACGGAAGAUUUGGCUUUGAUGAUGUCGAAACCAAAAUGCCCAGCUACUGGAGUGCUUCGUUUAAAGAGAUAUGUAUUGGAAUGAAAGUCGGCAAUGAUCUACGAUUCGUGAUGAUACCUUACGCUGGCGAAUCGCUGCGUGAUUUGAUUGCUGAAGACAAAUUUCUUGCUACCAAUGUUGGCCGUGAAAAAUGGAAAUCAUUGAUUAUGAACUCAUCUCUGCAAUCAAACUGCUACAAGGAGGGUUUCAAUAUAUAUGAUUCUGAUAUAGAGCUUGUUAUUGCUCGCAUUGGCAUUGUUGGCGACGAACAGGCAAGUUUUGUGAAGAAAAAGAAAGAUUUUAUUUGUCUCUUUAGAACUCAAAACUAUAUUUGUCUUUCUAAGUCCCAGUCAAGUAGAAGGAGUUUUGUAUGAAAUUUCAAGCGAACACUAUAAUAUUUAGGCUUAACAAGGAGCGGUUUCGAAUAAUGCAAAUAUAUACAGGCUCUCUGCAGGCAGGAAUCAAACCAACGGCCAUGCGAUUCCAGUACGGUGCUCUAAUCACUGAGCUAACUUUUCAGCCACCGCGGUCAAGCAAACUUUUCAGCUUGUCCGGUGUAGACACACUCAGAGCAACAUUACAAACAUACAGUACUGUAUAUAUUGAACAGAUUGAACUAGAUAUAAAAGAAUUAGAAAACGAAGAAAAAAUGUCCAUCGAGCAAAAUCAGCAAAAUGUGCGAAUUGCAGAAGUGAAUCAAGCCCCACUGUAA